AUGGAAAACAACGAAAUGAUAUAUCUCCACGGAGAUUUGGACCUUGUAAUUAUCGAAGCUCGACGCAUAACAAGCAUGGAGUUCGUCUCUGAGCAUUUCCGUCGGUUCCUAAAACACCCUUAUGUUAAGGUAUACCUCGGAGAAGCUAGAGUUGCUAGGACCGCCCGUGUACGAGCACAUGACACACAAAAUCCCGUGUGGAACGAGCAUUUCGAACUCCCAUUAGCUCACCCAGUUGAUCAGGGAGGACUGAUGCAAACUCAUGACAAAGAAACUCGAAAAUUUUUCAAGCACUCUUACGUCACUUGCGUGUUGGUUUGUCGAAUUUUCUCCAGUCAACAUCAGAAAUGUGUGAUAACAGACACUAAGGGGCAUGAAAAUAAUCGAAAAAUAACUGUAUUCCUUGGUGGUUUGGACCUCUGUGAUGGACGAUAUGAUACACCGGAUCAUCGAUUAUAUAAUGACCUCGACACUGUCUUUAAGGAUGACUAUCAUAAUCCAACAUUCAGUGACAGAAGGGACCAAGACAACCGUGGCAUGACUUACAUUGCAAAAUUGAAGAUACUAGGUCAGCAUGAUUACAAUUUAGUUAAUAUCGAACAUAUUUCGCAAAUAGCUAGUCCUUCCGGAACUAUUCCGAAUGACCACCAAUCAUUGUGGGUCUCCAAGGAAGGUGAUCCUGAAAACUGGCAUAUUCAAAUUUUUCGAUCUGUGGAUUUAGAAUCGGUGGACGGGUUUCCCAAAAAUGUUCUUGCAGCAAAGGAGCAAAACCUUGUGCUUGUAAAUAAAUGGGCAAUAGAUAGGAGCAUUCAAAUGGCAUAUAUCCAGGUUGUUAAUCAAGGUCCUAAUAAUUUAAUCCCAAUGGAACUGGCGUUAAAGAUUGCCAGCAAAAUAAGGGCAAAUGAGAGAUUCGUUGUUUAUGUUAUCAUCCCCAUGUGGCCGGAGGGUGAACCUUCUUCUCCCACUGUACAAGGAAUUCUUUAUUGGCAGAGUCAAACAAUGCAAAUGAUGUAUAAAAUUAUUGCCCAUGAGCUGAAAUCUGUCAAUCUCAAGAAUGCACAUCCAACCGACUAUUUGAAUUUCUACUGUCUUGGUAAUCGAGAGGAAAACCAUAAAGAAGAAUCGUCUAGCGAUUCAGCUUCAGAAGCAUUUAGGCGAUUUAUGAUAUAUGUGCAUUCCAAAGGAAUGAUAGUAGAUGACGAGUACGUGAUUAUUGGUUCGGCCAACAUCAAUCAACGGUCCAUGGCGGGUUAUAGGGAUACAGAAAUUGCGAUGGGAGCUUACCAGCCCCAUUAUACAUGGGCCAAGAAGAAAGAACACCCACUUGGUCAGAUAUAUGUGAUACGAUCUCUUGAAAUGUCACUUUGGGCAGAACACCUUGGAUGCAUUGAGAAUUGCUUCAAAAAUCCUGAGAAUUUGGAGUGUGUUAAGUAUACAAAUAGUAUUGCCGAUAAUAACUGGAAGAGAUACAUAGCUGAGGAGUACAGUUCGUUACAAGGGCACAUUCUCAAAUAUCCGGUGAAAGUUGAAGUUGAUGGAAAAGUAAACCAUUUGCCUGGACAAAAAUUAUUUCCAGAUGUUGGUGGUCUAGUGCUAGGGAAUCCGACAUGUCUACCUGAUCUAAUCACUACGUAA